CGCAGACACACCUACACAUUUCUCAUCCCUGCUGAUACUGUGACACUUCCUGAACACCCUAGGAUACCCGCGGCGUGUCUUCUGACAUAAUCGCGCCAGCCGAGCCCUUAUCGAUACCUCUGCGCCUCGUCAGCGCCGCAGCUACGCCCCAUGUAUCCUUCACUCCGUCGAUAGGCCAGCGGAGAGGGCAAUGCAACCCCGAAUACCCAGGAAAGAACUGUCGAAGCUGUUCACCUACGUCGCAGCCGCCUGUCUCCUCCUCACAUGUUCGCCGACACAGCCCUCGCUGUUCGCAAACGCCGUCGAACCUCCGACUGUCGCCGAACAAGAGCACUUGUCCCAACCUGAGCUGCCGCUCCUUCGCGACAUCGACCCCGUGGCUCUAGAUGAUGUCAGUCCUGGAGAGGAGCAGAGUGGCGGCUAUGCGCCAGACUUCGCAUACUUUGCGCGGAGUCUUCUCGGACGCCAGGCCGACGAGGUGGGCCAGCUGAAGAAUAACGAGAAGUUGGAGAAAGAUAUUGCGCCCGAAAACACCGUCUACUUUGUGCUGCAGAAGAGUCUCUUGCACGCUCGAGGCAACGCAGAGGACUUCUCAAACGCGCUGGACGCAAUGAGCUCGAAAGAUAAAUUGCAAGAGGAAGGCAUAUCCACUCACGAGGCGCUGGAUUCGGAGAACGCGGGCAAUGCAUUGCAGACGCGGCAACAACCAACAGAAACGGUUUGGGUGUCCGCAAACACCUGCAACCAACCAAUGCCGGGGAACAACGCAUCUUCUACAGGAGCGCCUCAAUUGAUGCUGUAUGUGUCAACCUCGGCCGAGAAUCAAAGGCCAGGCCCAGCCUCCACCGAGAAUCUUGCGACGAAUUCAACCGGCAUACCCUUUGAUAAUGGAUAUGUAUCUUUUGAGCUCAAUACCACGUCCGACGUCUAUAUCGGUAUCUCUGCGCCGAAGUUGAACGCAAACUGGUUCGGUAGCUGGCAUUUCGAAAUCGCAGCAAGCACCCUCGGCUCUUAUCACAGCUACAAUCGAACCAAUCCCUUCCUCUUUAUGGUCGACACCGACAGCGAAUCUACUCUGUUCAUCACAUAUAGUCUCGCUGAUUCUAGUGAGGAAAAAGACAUUGCAAAAUGGAACAAUUCGAAUCCUUUCGCCAUGUACGCCUUUCCAGCAGGGCGUUCACCCGUUACAGGCAUGGAGAACUCAGUCUGCGCACUCAAGCAGCAAUUCAAUUCGACUAACAACAUCACUGUCGACACGAUGAUCACGACUAAAUUCGGUUCCGGCUUUCCCAAAAGCCAGUUCAAUGUUCACAACCUAAGUAACGCUCAAACAUAUAAUGGAUACCUCGUGGUUGAGGGCAACCAGGAUACAGUGGACCUGCCUGGUGUUGGUAGGGUGCAUGCAGGUGGCAAGGUUUUCCAACAAUUCAACUGGACCACAAAAGCAGAUGACUCCUGCCAGGUCCUGACGGAUCUCGACUUCUGCGACACCGUCGCCUAUGCUGUUCCGUCGUCUCCCGAAUUCAAGUACAACGACGACAAGCUAAAAGCAUUGUACGAUGAUCAAGCGAAGGAGUAUUAUAAGAACUUCACGAAUUCGUUGGACCAAACUGCUUGCGAUGCCCCGUCAACAGCUCAGUACUCUCUUGCUCGGAACUGCACUAAUUGUCGAGAGGACUAUAAAGCAUGGCUUUGUUCUGUCCUGAUCCCGAGAUGCGAGGACUGGACCGCCCAGGAAGAAUGGCUUCAACCCCGGAACAUCAACGCUAACUUAUCGGAUGGCACUAUCCCCUUCGCUAGUAACAUGACUGCUGAAUUCAACGCGACGAUGCGCGAUCGGUUUGGUUACAGCAAAAGUCGUAACCCUAUGAUCGACACAUACAUCAAACCGGGGCCUUACAAAGAGAUGCUCCCAUGCGAGGACCUGUGUUUCGACAUAGUCCGAAGCUGUCCUGCACAGCUGGAGUUUGCAUGCCCCAAUUACCCCGCGCGGGCUCUGCAGUACGGCACACGCGACCCAACAGGGGAUGUUUUGACGUGCAGUUUUCCUGGUGCUGUCGUCAAGUUGAAUGUUCAAAGCAGCGCUAGUUUCUCUAGUGUUGCAUCGGGCGGCGUGACACUUGUCGCAUCGAGCAUCAUGGCAUUGAUUGUCGCAUCGUGGUAAGCUGUCCAGAGGCGGCAGACGGCAUGGGUAUGGCGCAGUAUUUGAUAGAGCGGGAGUCAAUGCAUUUCUAGGCGUUUGAAGACGUAAGCGAUGUGAGACGUGUUGUAAGCAUCCUAGUCACCUACAUACAGUACAUCGUCAUGCUCGGUAGACUCAUCGGAAGAACUAUUUCCAUC